AUGGAUCAGUCUUCUUCAGCUUCAACUAUCACGAUGACUACUACUGCUACUAAUAAUAAUCAAGCUAGUAUCCUGUUGCAAGAUUUAGGAGCCGAGCCACUUUUCGCUGUAGUUGAAGAUCAACAUUCAAAAAAUUCGUUCUCAAAUGUGUCAGUUCAACAUGCUCCUUUUACGAAAGAGCCAAUGGAAGCAAGAGAUGUUUACGAUUCUUUAAUGAAGAGAAUCACUCCAAGCUCACAAGCACCAGAACAAUCUUUAUCAAUUAAUAAUAAUACCAUCCAAUUAGCAACUCCAAAUCCAAUAUCAAUAUUAAAUGAAUUGCAUCAAAGGUUAAGAACUGGAAAAUUACCAAUUUAUGAAUUUUUGAUAGAACCUACUUCUGGUCGCUUUGAUUGUAAACUUGAAAUCUUUGGUAAAACUUAUAGAACUAAUCAACCAAGAGUACGUAAACAACAGGCAAAAGAAGAUGUUGCUCUCAUUGCUCUCAAAGAUAUUGUAAACGAAAGUACACAUCCUGCUAUUGCUGACUCUGUGGGUCAAGAUGUAUUGAACCAUUUUGAACCACCUGAUAAAAAUUCUAUAGCUGAAAAUUUCAUGCCAAAAUCUGAGAUUUGGUAUCGUAAACAAUUAAGUGAUCAUCCAGAAAAAAAACCUCGAGUUAUCCUUUUAGAAUAUUGUCAAAUGAAACGUUUAUCAACUCCUGAAUAUCGUGGAAGAACUGAUGAAAGGGGUCGUUAUUUUUUUGAUUGUGCUAUUGGUGAUCGUGUUUUUAGUGCAGAAGGUGUAGGUUUUUUAAAAACGGCUGAUGCUAAAGAUUGUAUUGCGGCAAAAUCUUUUUCAAUACUAUAUCAGGAAUUUUGUGAACAAGAACGACAACAGGAAAAAAAUAAUAGAAUUAAUUCUAAUAAUCUUCCUGGUAAAAGUAUGCUUGCUAUUUUACCUUCUCCCAAUAGUUUACCAACAACUAGUAGUGUGAACCCAAAUCGCACAUUGACAAUAAAUAAUUCGAACAAUCAAAUUAUCCAAAAUAAUUGUAUAGGGUUAAAUUUAUCUUCGACCGCAAAUGAUAUUAGUACUGCAAAUCUAGUAUUACCUUCAUUGAAUGAUCAAGAGUUACAAUAUAAGAAUGACUCUCACGAAUCAUCUAGAAUACAGUCAUUGACUGCAUCAUUGUUACCGACAAAUUCAGAACAAUCCUCGAUGCCAACUUUGUCAUCAACCAAUGCAGAUCGAUCUUUGAUUCCAAAAUUGUCUUCAGCUAGUACAGAUCGAUCUAUGAUCCAAACGUUACCAUCAACCAAUGCUGAUCGAUCUUUUAUUUCAACAUUAUCAUCAACUUUGUCAUCAACCAGUACUGAUAGAACUUUUCAAACAUUGCCUUCACCCAGUAAUGAUAGAUCUUUUCAAACAUUGCCUUCACCCAGUACUGAUAGAUCUUUUCAAACAUUGCCUUCACCCAGUAAUGAUAGAUCUUUUCAAACAUUGCCUUCACCCAGUACUGAUAGAUCUUUUCAAACAUUGCCUUCACCCAGUAAUGAUAGAUAUUUUCAAACAUUGUCUUCACCCAGUAAUGAUAGAUCUUUUCCAACAUUUUCAUCAACCAGUAAUGAUAGAUCUUUUCAAACAUUUUCAUCAACCAGCACUGAUCGACUACCAUCUUCAUCUUCUCAAAUAUCUAAUAGUGGGUACCAUCCGUAUCCAAUUCCACGAUUUCCUCAUCACCAAAGUUCUUCAUCACAAAAUAUUCCAACAAGGAGUGAUACUCAAGCUAAAAGAUUUACUAGUUUAUUAUAUGAAAAAGCUCAAGCAAAACGUUGGGAUCGUCCAGACUUUGAUUAUAAAAAUGUCGUCGGUGGUUUUAUUUGUAAAGUUUCAAUUAACAAUUUAACUUUAGAGGGAAAGAUUUGCAGUAAAAAGGCGGAUGCAAAGGAAAGUGCCGCCGAGAUUGCUUAUUGUCACCUUGCCAGAAAUGAGAUGUAA